AUGGCGCCCGUUGCCAUUGAGCCAACCUUCCAGAAGCGCGAUGGCCACGCCCUAGAGGACAUCUCUGAGAAGAUUGACACUGUCAAUGUCCUCAAGGCGAACAUGCAGAAGGAGCAGAAGGAGCGAGGCCUCUACGAUGAGACCGAAUUCGACAAGAACAAGGACAAGUCGCAGUUCCGCCAGUACGAAGAGGCGUGCGACCGUGUCAAGAACUUCUACAAGGAGCAGCACACCAAGCAGACGGUCGCCUUCAACCUGAAGGCUCGGAACGAGUUCCGCUCCAAGACUCGCGCCGAAAUGACCGUGUGGGAGGCGAUUGAGAAGCUGAACACCCUCAUCGAUGAGUCGGACCCCGACACCGAACUGUCCCAGAUCGAUCACGCGCUCCAGACCGCUGAGGCCAUCCGCCGCGACGGCAAGCCUAGAUGGAUGCAGCUGACGGGCCUGAUCCACGACCUGGGCAAGCUGCUUUACUUCUUCGACGCGCAGGGCCAGUGGGAUGUCGUUGGCGACACGUUCCCUGUGGGCUGCGCUUUCGAUGACCGGAUCAUCUACGGACGCGAGUCGUUCAAGGACAACCCCGACUACGGUCACCCGAUCUACGACACCAAGUUCGGCAUCUACACCCCAGGCUGCGGUCUAGACAACGUCAUGCUGUCGUGGGGCCACGACGAGUACCUGUACCACGUGGUCAAGGACCAGUCGACGCUGCCGCCGGAGGCUCUGGCCAUGAUCCGCUACCACUCGUUCUACCCGUGGCACCGGGCGGGCGCGUACCACGAGCUGAUGAACGAGCACGACAAGGAGAUGCUCAAGGCGGUGCAGGCCUUUAACCCGUACGACCUGUACAGCAAGAGCGAUGACCCGCCGAAUGUGGAGGAGCUGAAGCCGUACUACCAGGAGUUGAUCGACGAGUACUUCCCGAAGAAAGUCAUCAAAUGGUAG